AUGCUGGAUGAUAUUUCUAGUUCAAAGAGUUGUUUAGAACUAGAUCUUGGGCCUGAGAACUAAGCUCAUUUUUUAGAAAAGUAUUUUUAUGAUUUGAUCACUGAUAAUUGUGAGCAAUUAUUAACAAAUACUUUAUAUAGAACCUUAAUUGAACAAAUUUAAGAUAAGAAAACUUUAGAAACAAUCUUAAGUAGAUAUAUUUAAGAACAAAUUGAUUUGUAAUAACGUUAAAAGAUUCAUUCUAAAUAUUUUUUUGCCAAAUAAUCUGUUUCUCUAAAGAAAUUAAUCUAAAAAUUCAGACAAUUAUUAGUUCCAGAAGAAAAUAUUAAUAAUACUAGUAGUACAUUAAGUUAAUCAUUUGAAAAAAAAAAUAAAAGUGGAUUUUUCCAAAAUUCAGAUUUUUUAGAACUCUAUCAAAACGAAAUUUUUAGGGAUUUUGGAGAAUUGAACAAAGGAGAGUUAAUUUAUAUAGAUGUUAAAUUUCGUAUUACAAAUUCAUAAUUAAAGGAAGAACUUUACAAAAUAAGAUCUCAUAUAUUAAAAUAGUUGCUUUAUUAAACAAACACUGAUGAAAAGUAAAAAUUUAUAUUGAUAUAGUUUCUUUUAAACAUUUAAUGAUUAUUAUCAAAUGAAAACAAUUACAGUUCUUUUGUUUGUUAAUGGAGAUAUUAAUUUUGAUUAUGAAAAAUAUUUUGAUUUAAAGGAAUUAUAUGUAGGAUAAAAAAAAUUCUAGAUUAAAUUGAAAGUAAAUUAUUUACAUAUUUUUUAAGGUAUGUUAUGUUUCAGCUAACAGAUUGUAGUCAAAUUUUUGUCUUUAAAACAACAUUAUGAAUCAUUCAAUUACUUAAUAAAAUAUGGCAUUUUAUGAAUUGAAAAGAUAUGGAUAAUGCAAAAUAAUUAUCAAUAAAACAAUUGGGGAAUUAAGAAAGAUGAAAUAAAAAGCAAAUUAUAGGAUUUUUAAAGAUUAUAAAUUUUAUAUUUUGAUAGGAGGAAUAGCAGCUGUUGGAUUAUUGUGGAAUGCCUUUUCUAAAUAGGAGAAUAAUGCUAGAAAAAUAUUUAGAUAAUAAUGA